UAACACACAGUUAAAAGGUGCUCCCAGACAUGCAUCAGUUUUCUCUUACAUCCACCUUCUUGUAUUUCAUAAUAGCUUUAACCUUGUAUUUCAUUUGGAAAAGGAGACGUCUAUAUUAUUGUUCCUUCAAACAUCCAGGCCCUUUUGGAUUUCCCUUAAUCGGGUCCGCCCAUUUACUAACAGCAGGACCUGCAGAAAGCUAUAAUACUUUAAUGCGCAUAGCACAAUAUUCUCCUGUCACUCGGGUAUGGUUUGGGCCAUUUUUUUACCUUUUUAUCUCUAAACCAGGGGACGUGGAAAUUUUGCUAAACAAGUCUGUUGAUAAAAGCAUAUAUUACGCUAAAUACUUAGGAGAUGCUUUAAAAACUGGCUUACUGAUCUCUCCACCUGAAAUUUGGAAAGGACGAAGAAAACUGAUAAAUCAAACUUUUAAUUCAAAUGUUGUCAAUUCAUUUGUUCCUGCGUUUACUAAAUGUGCAAACUGUUUAGCAGACGAACUAGAUAAAGUAUGUAAGGGAACAAAUGACCCACCAGAUCUGUUUGACAUAAUAAUGAAAACUUACCUUAAUGCUGGGUGUGAAACACUAGCAGACGUACGUCCUGACUCAUUAUACAACAAAGAAAAAUUUUUGGCCACUGGAUACAGAUACCAAAAAAGUGUAAAAUAUCGCUUUUUCAAGCCACAUCUAAACAUAGAUUAUUUUUGGAAGAGAUCGUCUCUGAGGAAAGAACAACUAGAGAUUGGUAAAGUUUUUGAGGAUUUUAUCAAGCAGGUAAUCGCUGUGAAACAAAGCCAACCAGAAAAUAAAAAUAGCAAAAAGCAAUUUUUAAACUAUCUACUGGAAAUGAACAAACAAAAUAAUUUAACCACAGAUGGUUUAUUAGAAGAAGGUGCCUUAAUGUUACUGGCAGCCAAUGAUUCAACAACACCUGCAGUAGGCUCAGCUUUAGUCUUAUUAGGGAUGCAUCCCGAAAUUCAGGAAAAAGUAUACCAAGAAAUAUCAUUACUCACUGAUGAUACCCAGGACCUUACGCUGGAAUGUGUCAAUAAAAUGAACUACUUAGAACGCGUGAUUAAAGAAACAAUCAGAAUUUUUCCAUCGGUACCUUUUAUACUAAGAAAAAUAGACGAAGAAAUUGAAUUAGAAUCUUAUUUUGUACCGGCUAACUGUGAAAUCUUGAUUUCGAUUUCACAGCUUCAUAGAUGGCCUGACAUAUGGCCUAAUCCUUUAAAGUUUGAUCCUGACAGAUUUUUGCCUGAAGAAGUUGAAAAACGACCACGUGGUGCAUAUCUUCCUUUCGGUGCUGGUGCAAGAAACUGCAUAGGUAUAAAAUAUGCUAUGCUGUCUAUGAAGGUUUUCUUGGCUGUCAUUUUGAAGCGCUUUAGAAUAUUAGAGGCCAUUGAUUACAAAAGAGUAGAGGACAUAGAAAUGGACAUAUUUUUAUUCGGGAUAGCUAAAAAAGGGUACAGGAUCAGAGUUGAAGACAGAAAUUAA